UGCCCGCCCCUCGGGCCCCGGGGUCUGGACUCCACCCUCUGCCCGUGCCCACCCUCUUCCCCUGCGCCCUCUCCUGCCGUGAGCCGGGCGCCUCCUCCCCGCCCCCUCAUCCAGUCCCGGGAGGGGAAGGGGGUGGGCGGCGCAGGGGGUGUGACAGCUCCCGCCCGGCCCAGUGCCAGCUACAGCCUCGCUUGAGCUCCCGGUGCCAGCUGGCUCUUUCGUCUGGGACGGAGGCGGAGGCUCGGGGCUGCUGAUCGCUGGGGGGGCUAGCCCCCCGUCACUCCCAGCCCCCUCCCCACCCAUGAGGAAUCUCCUCACUCAGUCCUGCGUUUUGCUGCCCUGGCAGUCCGCCCAGCUAGGAAUUGUUCCUGUGCACUGUGCGCUGAACUUAAUGCCCGCGCUCCUCCAGGAUCCCCCUAUUAAUAAGAGCUGACAGGGGAUCGCUGGAGGUCCCCCACCUUUUUGCUAGAGCCGGCAGGGCUGUGUGAGCUUGAGAAGGAACAUGAAGGUGGGCUGGCCAGGAGAGAGCCGUUGGCACUUGGGCCUGGCUGUUGAGGCGAGCCCUGCUCUGGGAGCAUCGCCUGCGGGGGGCCUCCCUGACGUGGUGCCUGAGGGGACGCUGCUCAACAUGGUGCUGAGGCGGAUGCACCGGCCCAGAAGCUGCUCCUACCAGCUGCUGUUGGAACACCGGAGUCCCAGCUGCAUCCAGGGGCUGCGCUGGACGCCGCUCACCGAUAGCGAGGAGUCCCUGGACUUCAGCGUGAGCCUGGAGCAGGCCUCUACGGAGCGGGUGCUCAGGGCUGGGAAGCAGCUGCACCGACACCUCCUGGCCACCUGCCCGAACCUCAUCCGAGACCGCAAGUACCACCUUAGGCUCUACCGGCAAUGCUGCUCUGGUCGGGAGCUGGUGGAUGGGAUCUUGGCCCUGGGGCUUGGGGUGCAUUCCCGGAGCCAAGCCGUAGGAGUCUGCCAGGUGCUGCUGGAUGAAGGUGCCCUUUCCCAUGUGAAACACGACUGGACCUUCCAGGACCGAGAUGCUCAAUUCUACCGUUUUCCUGGGCUGGAGCCAGAGCCUGUAGGAGCUCAUGAGAUGGAGGAGGAGCUGGUGGAGGCUGUGUCUCUGCUCUCCCAACGGGGACCUGAUGCCCUGCUCACAGUGGCCCUUCGAAAGCCCCCAGGUCAGCGCACAGAUGAGGAGCUGGACCUCAUCUUCGAGGAGCUGUUGCACAUCAAGGCCGUGGCCCAUCUCUCCAACUCGGUGAAGCGGGAGUUAGCGGCAGUUCUGCUCUUUGAACCACACUGCAAAGCAGGGACCGUAUUGUUCAGCCAGGGGGACAAGGGCACCUCAUGGUACAUUAUCUGGAAGGGGUCUGUCAACGUGGUGACCCAUGGCAAGGGGCUGGUGACCACUCUGCAUGAGGGAGAUGACUUUGGACAGCUGGCUCUGGUAAAUGACGCACCCCGGGCGGCCACCAUCAUCCUGCGAGAAGACAACUGCCAUUUCCUUCGUGUGGACAAGCAGGACUUCAACCGCAUCAUCAAGGAUGUGGAAGCCAAGACCAUGAGGCUGGAAGAACAUGGCAAAGUGGUGCUGGUACUGGAGAGAACCUCUCAGGGUGCAGGCCCUUCUUGCCCCCCAACCCCAGGCAGGAACCGGUAUACAGUAAUGUCUGGCACCCCAGAGAAGAUUCUAGAACUGCUGUUGGAGGCCAUGCGGCCUGAUUCCAGUGCUCAUGACCCAACAGAGACGUUCCUCAGCGACUUCCUCCUGACCCACAGUGUCUUCAUGCCCAGCACCCAGCUUUGUGCGGCCCUCCUGCAUCACUUCCAUGCGGAGCCUGCGGGAGGCAGUGAACAGGAGCGCAGCACCUACGUCUGCAAUAAGAGGCAGCAGAUCCUGCGGCUGGUCAGCCAGUGGGUGGCCCUGUAUGGCCCUGUGCUCCGUACCGACCCUGUGGCCACCAGCUUUCUCCAGAAACUCUCAGACCUGGUGAGCCAGGAUGCCCGGCUUAGCAACCUGCUGAAGGAGCAGUGGCCAGAGAGGCGGCGACACCACAGGUUGGAAAAUGGCUAUGGGAAUGCGUCUCCUCAGAUGAAGGCCCGGAAUAUGGCUGUUUGGCUCGCCGGCCAGGAUGAGCCCCUCCCCAACAGCAACUGUGCCAUCCGAGCUGGGGACAAAGUCCCCUACGACAUCUGCCGGCCCGACCACUCGGUACUGACCCUGCAGCUGCCUGUGACGGCCUCGGUGAGGGAGGUGAUGGCAGCAUUAGCGCAGGAGGACAGCUGGACCAAGGAGCAGGUGCUGGUGAAGGUCAAUUCUGCAGGCGAUGCCAUUGGCCUGCAGCCAGAUGCCCGCGGCGUGGCCACGUCUCUGGGGCUCAAUGAGCGGCUCUUUGUUGUCAACCCACAGGAAGUACACAAGCUGACCCCACACCCUGAGCAGUUGGGGCCCACUGUGGGCUCUGCUGAGGGGCUGGACCUGGUGAGUGCCAAGGACCUGGCGGGCCAGCUAACAGACCACGACUGGAGCCUCUUCAACAGCAUCCACCAGGUGGAGCUGAUCCACUAUGUGCUGGGCCCCCAGCAUCUGCGGACCGUCACCACCGCCAACCUGGAGCGCUUCAUGCGGCGCUUCAAUGAGCUACAGUACUGGGUGGCCACAGAGCUGUGUCUCUGUCCUGUGCCUGGCCUGCGGGCCCAGCUGCUCAGGAAGUUCAUCAAGCUGGCUGCCCAGUCUUCUCACAGCCUCAAGGAGCAAAAGAAUCUCAAUUCCUUCUUUGCUGUCAUGUUUGGCCUCAGCAACUCAGCCGUCAGCCGCCUGGCCCACACCUGGGAGCGGCUGCCCCACAAGGUCCGGAAGCUGUACUCUGCCCUGGAGAGGCUGCUGGACCCCUCAUGGAACCACCGAGUAUAUCGACUGGCCCUCACCAAGCUGUCCCCUCCUGUCAUCCCUUUCAUGCCCCUCCUUCUCAAAGACAUGACCUUCAUCCAUGAGGGGAACCACACACUAGUGGAGAACCUCAUCAACUUUGAGAAGAUGCGAAUGAUGGCGAGAGCCGUGCGGAUGCUGCACCAUUGCCGGGGCCACAGCAAUGUGCCUCUCUCACCACUCAGAAGCCGAGUGUCCCACCUCCACGAGGACAGCCAAGCCUCAAGGAUCUCCACGUGCUCAGAGCAGUCCCUAAGCACCCGGAGUCCAGCCAGCACCUGGGCUUAUGUCCAGCAGCUGAAGGUCAUCGACAACCAGCGGGAACUCUCCCGCCUCUCCCGGGAGAUGGAACCAUGAGGGAGCUGGGGCUGGAGCAGGCACUUCCUCCAGGAAAGCCAGGGCAGGCCCUGGCCAAGGGGCCCACAGGCUGGCCACAGCUGGAUAGGGCUGCCCGUGGAGUGGACUUGAGGCCCUGGAGAGGACAGUGUGGAGGCAGCCGUCCCCUGUGAUGACUGGCGGCCAAGGAGGACCUCAGAUUGGAACUGAACUGGGGCCCAAGGCCGAGGAAUAGGGGGCAGCGAGGCCCUGGGAGUGGGUAGGAGAGUGAAGCGGGUGCUGGGACUCUGUGUUCAAUAGAGAUCUCUCCAUCCCAGGUUUUUUCCAGAUUCUGUGCCUUGUGGCUUUGUUGUCCAGCCUCUCCCAGGCCCUGUGGUUAGUUUCCCAGUGGAUGGAGAGACAGCCUGCAUGUGUGUGGCAUGUGUGUGAAAGGGGUGGGGGCUGCUGCGAUUGCUCUUUCCCCUGGGAGGAGGGCUGGGAGCCCUGAUUUUCUUUCCACCGCCUAUGAGAUAAACAGUUGGGUGUGAUCAGGGCUGUUUAUGAGGGAGUGGUGGUCCCUGAGGAGCUUUAUUGUUAUUGCAAAUGAACAAAAAUCUGUGUGUUCUGGGGCCAGCACUGUGGAGGGUGUAGAAGUUGAGGCAGAGACCUUGCCCCCUGGGAGAGGAGCUGAGGAGGAGGUGUGACACUUGUGGAGUAGACCCAGUCACACCGGCCACAGAGGUGAACGGAGAGAGGUUGACGGAGAAGUCCCUCCACCAUGCGUGGUCUCUGGGAUCAGGCAGAGCUCCAGGAUGGCUGACGGCUCCCAGAUGGGCCUCCCAGGCCCUUGGCCACAGCACCUGCUGGAGCCCGGAGCCUCUGUCAGUGGCCAACCAGCGUCACCAUCAGCUUUCCACAGUGAUCUGAUAGGAUGCAACUAGCCCCUUCUACCUUCCUCCUCCUGACUCCAGUUCCUGUUUCCCUCUGGCCUGGAGCACAUCUUGGCCUGUUGGGUGUGGUUCAUGUUGAACAGAGGCCUCUGAGAGGUUGCCAGCAGCAGCAAGGACACCGAAGCAGAGGUUUCUGGGGAGAGACAACCCCUUGCAGAGGCCUAACACCCUCAGCAACUAUACCUACAUGCCAAUAGAACUUCAAAGAACCAUGUCAAUUUCCCUUGCACCUUGGACUACCCUUCAACCUCCCAGGAAAUCAUCAUUUGUCAUCAGUGAUGAGAAUCAUCCCAGCAAGCUCUGUUAGCAUAAAGGGUCCUCUUUUUCCUGCCUCUUCAGCUCAUCCCCAAGGAACCAGCUACUGUGAGGACCCUUCCCUCCCUACUGCAAGAGGCAGAGCUCACACGAACAGUGGCAUCACUAGGAUUGGUGUCAUCCAGUGCGGUAACUCAUGGUAUCACCCUCCCCCAUGUUAGUUGCCAUAAUAUUGUGGCUAAAACACCAGAAAAUUUGACAAAGUCAGCGACUAUAAAAAGACCUGCAGCCACAAAAACAGCAGUGCAUACUUGUAGCACGUGCAGACCAAACCACGUGAUUCGAAGUGUCAUUGUGAUUGGGUAAUAAUGGUAGCUCUGACGGAAAUGCAUAAGAAGGGUCAAAAAGUAAAUUAGCAUAGAGUUUUAGUCUUGUAGGUAUAUUGAUACAAGUAAGCUGAGCUUACGAAAAAUGUUUUUGUUGUAACUAACUACAGGGAUAUUUUUAUAAAAAAUAAUAAAUUUCUGCUGAAACACUGCACAAAGAUUUUACAGUCAUUU